AUGGAUACUAUUUCAGAUGUUCAAAUUCACUGGCGCAAAAAAGAUUACUUAUCGAUGAGCUUGUUGGAUGAUUUUGGUAUUGCAGAGACUACGGUUAAGGAACAUAGCGUAAACGAUCAAAUAAUUGUCACACUCUCAGCAGAUCAUCGCGUAAGAAUGAUUAUCCGUUAUGAAAUGGAUGAAUCGCAUAUACCAAUGAUCAAAAACUUGGUGAUCCGCGCUUUCUUCAUUGGAUCCCAAUAA